ACCUUCGAACAUUGUAAACAAAACAUACACACUCAUGCGGCUUUUUGAACUGACAAACGUCGUCAUCAACUUUAUUUUUAGUUUUGACAGAAAAGUUUCCAAAAUUGCACUGACCUUCGUUGGUAGAUUUUGAGGAAAUGCCGCCGAAGAAGCAAUCGAUCGCUCCUUGGGUCAAGUGCGAAAAGUGCAGCUGCACCAUCAGCAGCAAGGACAUGGUGCAGCACGCGGACGCGUGUCCACCCAGUUUAGAGCCUUUUGUCCACCCGUUCAUCAAGGACAAAACGAUCUGCAGUCUCGUCGAAGAGCAAAAAGAUCAAAGCACCAACCUGAAGAACGUCCCGCUGUCUGAGCACGCCACCGUCGUCCAGCUGUCGCAGCAGGCCAUGCAGUUGUGUCACCUGAGUAUCGGUGACCCUGUCAGCGUGGAGGUCAACGGAUUCAGUGUGGUUCGCUGCGCUUGGCCUACCACCGAGGGCAGUCUCAUGUCCGUCAUCUUGACUCGGCCUGGGUUAGAACUGCUCGGCUGCAAGGUCGGUGACCAGGUCAUGGUGCACAACUUGAACUCGCUUCCACUUCCUGCUGGAGAGGUCAUCGUCCAGCUUCAGGGCCCGGAGAGCAACAUGACCGAAGAGCAGGUCAUGACCCUUCUGCAGAGGCAGCAACAGGAAAGGGUCUUCUAUGAGAAAAAUCGUAUCGGACUCCGGUACAUGGGCCUCACUUUGAAGUACAAGGUCGUCAAGGUCAUACCUGUUGGCCAGUCAUUGGAGAAGCAACUUGAAGAAAUGUCACUUUCGUCAGAUCCCGUCCUCGGCCCUUGCUACAGAGUUGUCCCGGACACUGUGUUCCGCCUGGACACAUCAGCAGGCAAAUCAAAACAUUCAGCCCCAACAUUGAAUCAAGUUGGUGGUCUGAAAGAUGUAAUUGAAGAGCUACAAGAAGUUGUACAGAAUGUUUUGCAUCCUAAAAAUACCACGCUUGGUCUUCCUCCUGUCAGAGGUGUUCUUCUUCAUGGUGCUCCAGGCACUGGAAAAACAAUGCUGGCCACGGCUCUAGGAAAUAGUUCAAACGCCAAUUUCAUAUCGAUACAAGCAGCAGAGAUUUUUAGUAAAUUCUAUGGGGAGACCGAGUCGCAGCUCAAAUCAUAUUUUUCAAACGCCAUCAGAAGAGCUCCCACCAUUAUCUUCAUUGACGAGGUUGACGUUCUCUGCCCUAAAAGAAACAGCAGCAGCUCCCAACAGGAGCAAAGAGUUCUAGCAGCCCUGGUCUCUGAGCUAGAUUCCUUAUCCGAUCAGAGAGUGUUGGUCGUAGCUGCCACUGGUCGCCCAGAUGUCAUUGACUCGUCCCUCAGACGCCCUGGACGACUGGAUAGAGAAAUUGAGUUGCCUGUGCCAAACCCAAGCGCAAGGAGGGAGAUUUUGCAGAAAUUGCUGGAGAGGAACAAGACUGAGGUCAACCAGGACCUGAUCAAGGAAAUUGCUGAUCGAGCCCAUGGUUUUGUGGGAGCUGAUCUGAUGGCUCUGUGCACUCAUGCUGUCAGUAAGGCAUCCAAGAGGGACUCGAAUGUGGUGGAAUUCGCAGACUUGGAUUGGGCUUUGUCACAAGUUAAACCUAGUGCUAUGCGGGAAGUACUCGUCGAAGUCCCUAAUGUCAAAUGGAGUGACAUUGGUGGGCAGAAAGACCUCAAGUUGAAACUGCAGCAGGCCAUUGAAUGGCCUCUCAAACACCCAGAUGCUUUUCUUCGUCUGGGAAUCAAGCCGCCUAGGGGUGUUUUGAUGUACGGCCCUCCCGGGUGCUCAAAGACCAUGAUUGCCAAAGCAUUAGCAACUGAGAGCGGCUUGAACUUUCUUUCAAUCAAAGGUCCAGAGUUGUUCAGUAAGUGGGUCGGUGAAUCGGAAAAAGCAAUUCGCACGUUGUUUCGCAGAGCACGUCAAGUGGCACCUUCGAUAGUAUUUUUCGACGAAGUGGAUGCUUUGUGUGGAAAAAGAGGAGACUCUGGAAAUGAAACUGGAAGCAACGUUCAAGAAAGAGUAUUGGCUCAGCUGCUCACUGAACUUGACGGUGUGGAGGCUCUUGGAAAUGUCACAGUUGUGGCAGCCACAAACAGGCCAGAUAGAAUAGACAAAGCUUUGUUGAGACCUGGCCGUUUGGACAGAAUAAUCUACGUUCCUUUGCCAGAUUCGGAAACGAGAAAUGAGAUUUUUACUAUCCACAUGAGAAAAACGCCUGUCUCCGAAGAUGUCUCUGUGCCUGAUCUUGUUGAAAAAACUGAAGGCUAUUCAGGGGCUGAAGUGAGCGCUGUGUGCCAUGAAGCGGCCCUAGCAGCUCUCCAAGAAGAUAUUACUGCAACAAACGUCCAGCCAAGGCAUUUUGAACAAGCACUUCUCUCCGUUACUCCCAGAACACCAGCCAGCCUGCUAGAAAUGUAUGCUCAGUACCAAAAUGCGUAAUUUAAAACUUGCGCAAUACAUUUAUUUCAAAUAAAAUUAUUUUAAUUUUAAAUAUUGAGUUUUU